AUGGCGGUACAAUCAAACGUCUACCUUUUAAUCCUUGUUGCUGGUACUGUGUUCACUGGAUGUCUUAAUUCCCUUUUUACUAAAUAUCAAGACAAUCAAUGUGUUAAAAAUUGUGAUAACCCAGAUUUAUCUACUCAUAAACUAUUUGAACAACCUGCUUUACAAACCUUACAAAUGUUCAUUGGUGAGAUGGGUUGUUUCAUUGUAUAUUAUUUGAUUUUCAGAACCAAGUUGUUCCAAAAAGAACAAGAAUAUACUGCUAUUGGAGGAACACCUAAAAUCACCUUCAAAGAGAGUUUCAAAUUAGCUGUUCCUGCUAUCUGUGACUUAUUGGGAACCACUUUGUUGAACAUCGGUUUAAUGUAUACUCCGGUAUCGGUGUAUCAAAUGAUGAGAGGUUCUAUUGUGUUGUUUGUUGCCUUUUUAUCAGUUAUAUUCUUAAAACGUAAAAUCACUAAAUUGGAAUGGAUUGAAUUGAUCAUAAUUUCCUUAGGUAUUGCAAUCGUUGGAUUAGCUGGAUCAAAAGGUCAAAGUGGUCCUAUUGAAAAGGAAAGUUUGGUUGUACUUGGAAUUGUGUUAAUCGUUAUUGCUGAAUUCUCUCAAGCUUUUCAAUUUGUGGUUGAAGAACAUAUUUUCUCCAAACAGCCCAUCAUUCCAUUACAAUUGGUCUACUACGAAGGUUUCUAUGGUAGUGUCAUCUUGAUGGUAGCUUUAGUUAUUUUGAAUUUCGUCAUUGGAUCAACAUCUUCACCAGAGGAGUUCUAUAAUUCACCUUUCAACUUGUCAGAAUCCUUUAAAGAGAUGUUCUCAUCACAAGCAGUGUUACUCUCUUCUGUGGCCAUCAUGGUAUCAAUUGCUUCGUUCAAUUACUUUGGUAUUUCCUUGACUUUCCACUUAUCAGCCACUGCCAGAUCAACUAUAGAUUCUUGUAGAACCUUAUUGGUAUGGCUUUUUGCUUUGUUAUUAGGAUGGGAAUCUUUUAGUUUCUUACAAUUAUCAGGAUUCAUAUUGUUAGUGUUUGGAACUUUAUGUUUCAAUCAAGCUUUGAAACCUGAAGAAUGGAGCUGGAUUCCUGCAUCCUUGAAAUCUCCCCCUCAUCCUGCUUUAAUUGACGAACUAGAUGAACCAUUAGAGAGAUCUUAG